AUGGUUCGAUGUCAAUUAUUCCUUUUCUACUUAAUCCUUAUCCAUUAUGUGUUAGCAGUUCGAAAUAAAAGUAGGCCGAAAGCGGAUUUUUACUUGAAGACGAAUUGCGAAUUGGUGAAGAGGCGAAAGAAUGGCUCGAAGGCAUAUUUCAAGAGGAAGGUUCGGGAUGAGGAUUUAGGUUUGAGGUCAUUCUAUGACCAGUUGAGAGGGGGGAGAAGUAAUUGUAGCAGUGCCGGUAACCAUGAUAACCACGUUGAUCGACGCAACAGCGGCGCGCUGCGUGCCACGAGCACGUUCGUAUCCAAGUACUACAAAAUAAAUAUAAACGAUGUGUACAGCUACCUGAAUAGGAAGAAGUAUGAGUACAUAGAGACAGACGUGAAGAUAACGCUCAAGUACUGUCCAUUUUGCCCUCCACACAAGUAUAAAUAUGAUAAUAUGUACAAGCAUGAAAUUUUUAAAAACACCGGAAAUAGUUAUUGCCACAGGUGUGGAUAUAAAGGGAGCUUCUACGAUUUCAAACUAAAAAUGGGAGACCUCGUAACAAGCAAUUUCGAAAGUACUGUUGUGAACAAUACGACCUAUGAGGAGGAAAAAAUAACCUUCAACGAUGUUAAGGUGUAUAAUAUGAAUUUGUUGUACUCCAAGGAGGCAGAAGGGGCAAGGAAAUAUUUAGUCGAAGAAAGGAAGCUAAAUUUAGAGACGUUAAAAAAGUAUUAUAUAGGAUUUUCUAUCAUGGAAUUUCAGUCGUUAGAAAAUUCAGGAAAAUUUGAAAAACACGAAUGCUUAAUUUUCCCCUUUAUAAAAAAAGCCAAUGAUAUGAAUUCGAUAGGGUUAAAUGGAAAUAGAAACAACACCAAUGAAAAAGAUUCCUACGAAAUUGUCCGCAUAAAGGUAAGAAGCUUAAGGGAUAAAGGAUACAUGAGAUUAUACCCCAAGAAUGUGAAAGACGAAAUGAAAUUAUUCUUUUUUGGAGACCAUUUGGUUAGUAAUUCUGAAGAGAUUGUCCUGACGGAAGGGGAGAUAGAUGCCAUGACUGUAAAUCAGGAGACGAAUUAUGCCGCCAUUUCUUUGCCUAAUGGUUCCAAAUCUCUUCCCAUAUAUUUGUUGCCAUAUUUGGAAAGAUUCAAAAAAAUACACCUGUGGCUGGAUUUCGACAAGGCCGGAAAAUCUAGCGUCUUUAAUUUUGUUAAUAAAAUUGGCCUAGGGAGAACGAACGUAAUAAACGAUACGAAUGUGCAAUAUCUGGAUGAACAGGUGUUCGAGAGGAAGAGGAAAAAUAUGUUAACUAAGGGAGGUCUCCUCUUACCCCUAAUGAUUGGCGAUAACGCCAUUGGCGUAGCGGAGCAGAAGCAGGAUGCUAUUAAAGAAAAUACGCAAAGUGGUGAAAAAAAUGGGAAUACUGAGUGUAUAGCGGGUGGAAAUGAACCCAACACAGCUGUAGAUCCCAUAUCAGGUACAAAGAAAUCAGAUUUGCAAAUAACAGAAAAGGCGAAAAGUGAAGGUGAUGGGAAAAACAAUUCCAUUUGUGGUGACACGGGAAAUAAGCAAGAGGAGGCGCAAAAAAAAGUAAAUGAAGAAUCCAAAGUAAGAGCAUUCCACUUUGUACAGAACAACAUCAUGUACAUACCAAACAACAUCGUUGUAAAGGAUGCCAAUGACUGUCUAAGACAUAACAUAGAUAUACGAUUUUUUAUAGAAAAUAGCGAAAAGGUAAAACAUAGCCAAAUAUUAAACUUCAAUGAUUUAAGGCAAAACAUUUUGGAAGAAUUAAAAUAUCCGGAUAGAAUAAAUGGAAUAAAGAGUAAAACCAUUCCAUCUUUGAAUAAAUUUCUAUAUGGCCUACGUAUGGGAGAAUUAUCCAUAUGGACAGGUCCAACAGGGGUAGGAAAAACUACUCUCCUGUCUCAACUUUCGCUAGAUUAUUGCAUCCAGGGGGUAUCUACCUUAUGGGGGUCCUUUGAAAUUAAUAAUAUAAAAUUAGGAAAAGUAAUGUUAAAUCAAUUUUGUGGAAAAAACUUAGAAAAAAAUAUUGAAUUAUUUGAUCUAUAUGCAGAUAAGUUUGAAUUAUUACCGUUAAAAUUUCUGAAGUUUCAUGGAAGUACAAAUAUUGAUCAAGUCCUGGAUGCCAUGGAUUAUGCAGUUUAUGCCUACGAUGUGAAGCAUAUAAUUAUUGAUAAUUUACAAUUCAUGCUAAAUAUAAAUAAAUUUUCUGAUAUUUAUGAACUACAAAAUAUUGCAAUAGAUAAAUUUCGAUCCUUCAGUACAAAUAAGAAUGUCCACAUCACUUUGGUUGUUCACCCAAGGAAGGAGGACAACAACCUUCUGUCCAUAGCUUCCGUGUUUGGUAGUGUCAAAUCUACGCAGGAAGCUGAUAACGUGUUUAUCAUACAGAGACAAGUAUCUAAAACAAAUGAAACUGUUUUUUUCAUAGACAUUAAAAAAAACAGAUUUAAGGGAUGCUUGGGUAGAAUCCCUUACUUGUACAAUAAAGAAAAUAUGACCAUCAAGGAGAUGUCCAUUGGCUACUUAAAUGAUGCCAUUCCCAGCAGCGGCUAUGGGACCAAGGUUACCACCCCUCCUUCUAAUUUUGUGCCGAACGUUGGGCCCCUUCGUGGUGGCCUGGAUUUCACGCUGUGCGAUGAGUAUGACUAUAUGAAGCAGUUGUCCGAAGAGUACGAAUCCAAACACGCAAUGCGCAAGUACCGCGUUGGCGCUGAUGGUAGGGUUAGCGGUGUCGGGAGUGCAAGUACAAAUAACCCUAACGCUUCUUCCUCCGUACACCGCGCUCCAAAUGAAUGUAGGAACGAUAGCGGCGCGACUGACUCUUUACGCAAUAACCAAAAUAAUGAUAACAAGUCAGUCAACCAAGUAGGCGAUGCAGAGGAUGACCCCACAAGUAAUAAUCGCGUAGUUAAUACAAACGACAAAAGCGAAGAAGGAAGAAUAAAAAAAAACAUGCUCAAGGGUGAUGACCAAGGACGCACAACAACCCCUGUAGGAAAAACUACAAAAAGUGAUAAACCAAGUGGUGAUAUCAUCCAUGUGCAAAAUUCACCAAACACAAAAAGGGAGAAGCAGGAGGCAGCCCCAGAUGUGCCCAAACAAAAUGUAUCAUCCUACCGAUUGAGCAGUGAAGGGAUAACAAAACUAUGCGAAGAAAUAAAAGACAACAAAAAUGAAAUGCUAAAAGAUAGAGAGAUAACCAUAUCAAUGAGGAACUGUGUUAUAAAUAAAGAUUCAACGAUAAAAGACAUUCGAAAUUUUAUAAAGACAAACAAGUUAAAUAUAAAAACGGCUGGAAAGAAUCUAAAAAAGGUAGACGUUUUUAUAGCCAUUUUGCAAAGUAUUCCGAAGGAGUACAUAACGAUUAAGUACGGAGGAGGGGAUGUAGAAAAGGAUAAUCCAGAUAAAAACAGUGUGGGAAAUAGAACUGGUGAAAAUGUGAAACGGACCAAAGUGCAUAGCACGCUCGCAGAAAAUCAUAACGGUGUGAUAACGGGGGGUAAUCCUUCCGGCGCAUUACCAGUUGGGGGGCCCACCAAGAACAAUUUCAACAUUGUUUCGUCUGUUAAGGAAUCCUCUGCGAGCGGCCAUAACAUUGGGCAUAGUUUACGUGGUUAUGUAAGUCACCCCGGAAAGGAGGAUGCCCUGUCGGGAGAGAAGCAGUACAGUGAAGAAAUAAAAUCGAUAUACGGGGAGGAAGUUACAAAAAGGUACAUACAAGAUAAUAUAAUCAACGUAGACGACAACAUUGUUAAGCGGAGUGGCAUGUUCAAAUUGGAAGGAGACAACAAAAUGGUAAGUAACGAAAAAUUGGAGUAUUACGAACCGGUGAAAAAAUUCGAUGACGAUAUUGAGUCGAGAUUUUUUCUCAUAAAUGACAAUAAUUACAAUGAAAAGAUUAAUAAUAUUUACAAAAACGUAACGCACUGCGGAUUAGACAUUGAGACAACCGGACUGGAAGUUUUUGACGAGAAAAUUCGCCUCAUUCAGAUCGCCGUGGAGAAUUACCCAGUGAUCAUUUACGAUAUGUUUAACAUAACGAAGGAAAGCAUCUUGACUGGGUUGAGGGAAAUCCUAAAAAACGAAAAAGUGGUGAAAAUUAUACAAAACGGAAAAUUUGAUGCCAAAUUCUUAAUGCACAACAAUUUCCAAGUGGAUAACAUAUUCGACACGUAUAUAGCUAGCAAACUUUUAGAUAAAAAUAAAAAUAUGUACGGAUUUAAGCUGAACAAUAUUGUAGAGAAAUAUUUAAAUGUAACCCUAGACAAGCAACAGCAAAAUAGUGUGUGGAAUAAUUCUUUGUUGAAUAAUAAUCAACUGUUUUACGCAGCCAGAGAUUCCAGCUGUUUACUGAAAUUGUACAAAAAAUUAAAAUCUGAAAUUUGUAAGGAAAAUAUGGAAACGGUGAAUGAUAUUGAAAAUAAGUGCAUUUUGCCUAUUUGUGAUAUGGAGCUUAAUGGUAUCACGGUGGACCUGGAAAGUUUGAAGAAAAGUACGAAUGAAAUUUUGAGCGAAUUAAAUACAGAAACAAGCAAAUUGAAGGCAGAGCUGAAAGACGAAGAAAUUAACAUUAACUCACAGCAACAGGUACUAAAAGCAUUACAAAAUAACAACGUGAGGGAUAUUUCAAAUAAGCUUAUCGAAAAUACAUCCGAUUCAAACUUGAAAAAUUUCCUCAACCAUAAGGAAGUAGUCCUAUUAAGAAAUUACAGAAGAUUGUACAAGCUGUACUCCGCCUUUUACUUAAAGUUACCACAACACAUAAACAAAAAAACGAACAAAAUACACACGACAUUUAAUCAGUUAAAAACUUUCUCAGGUAGAUUUAGCAGUGAAAAACCAAACUUACAGCAAAUUCCAAGGCAAAAAAAUAUAAGGGAAAUUUUUAUUCCUCAAAAAGACAACAUAUUUAUAAUCGCCGACUUUAAGCAAAUUGAGCUAAAAAUAGCUGCCGAAAUUACCAAUGACGAUAUUAUGCUCAAAGCGUACAAUAACAAUAUCGAUCUGCACACACUCACAGCUAGUAUUAUCACGAAGAAGCCCAUAGCGGAUGUAAAUAAGGAAGACAGACAUAUUGCCAAGGCCAUAAACUUUGGGUUAAUUUACGGAAUGAAUUAUGUGAAUCUGAAAAAUUAUGCAAACACAUAUUACAACUUAAAUAUGAACCUAGAUCAAUGCCUUUAUUUUUACAACUCCUUUUUUGAGCAUUAUAAGGGCAUAUAUAGAUGGCAUAAUCAAAUAAAACAAAUCAGAGGUUUAGAGUAUUCCACUCUUUCCAACAGGAAAGUCAUAUUCCCCUAUUUUUCUUUCACCAAGGCUUUGAAUUACCCAGUACAGGGCACCUGCGCUGAUAUUUUAAAAUUGUCCUUAGUUGAGCUAUAUAAAAAUUUGAAACCUAUCCAUGGGAAAAUCAUCCUCUGUGUACAUGAUGAAAUUAUUAUCGAGGUUGACAAGAAAUAUCAGGAGGAUGCUUUAAAAAUCCUCGUGGAAUCGAUGGAAAAUUCCGCUUCGUUUUUUUUGAAAAAAGUCAAGUGCGAGGUUUCCGUGAAGAUUGCGCAGAACUGGGGCUCCAAGGAGUAG